AUGAACCCCAAAGAGAGUGAUGAAUCCCCUUCGUCGGAUGAUCAUUCGGGAGUGCUUGUCAUUGACGAGGGAGAAUCUUCAGAGCAAGAUAUCUCCCCAAUGAAAACACGGUCUGGAAGAAUCAACCAGCGAGAGAAAGCAGCGACUGUCAAAACGUCUCAAAAAGAUGCACCACCAUCGAAUAAAGAGCCUGCUCGAACGAGAUCUUCAAAAAUUCAUAUUGAUCUAACGCCAGAAAAAUCACAGGCGACCACGCAAGAGAGUUUGGAAGAUUCUCAAAGACUAUCUCAACUGAGCCGUUACGAGAUGAUGGAACGAGCUGCUGAGUUUUCGCAGCCUUCACCCUACUUCAAAUCGCCGAAGAAGACUUCUAACAAAUCAUCCAACUCGAAGCUGGCCUCAGAUCUUGAUCCCGACCAACCAACGCCGAUUCCCCAACGAAAGACAAGAUUUGCGAAGGAAUCAACUGAGAUCUCCCCUGAAAUACCGUUACCGGAGCUUCCCCAAUCUCAAGAGAGCACGGCUGGCUGGGAAACUCAGGAAACUCAAUUUUCCCAAUUGAGCCGAUAUGAGAUGAUGGAGCGAGCUGCUGAGUUUUCUCAAAGCACAACUGACGCUACUCCAGAUAAAAAUCGCACAGAGCACUCGCCUAAAACACCAAGAGCGGGAAAGAAGCAAAACAAAGCUGUAGAAUCAUCUCCAAAAGCCACGCACUCUCCGAGAAAAACUCAAUCGGGAAAAGCGAUAAGCGACGAUCCCCUCGAAAGGAUUGAAAAAUUGGCCCAGGCUGCUCUUGCGUCUUCACAAUCUUCGGAGGAUACUCAUGCAUCCGAAGAAGGGAUCGCUGGAAUUUCCUUAUCAGUCAGUGGUGAACUACUCAUUAAUGAGGUGCCUUCGGAUCCACAGAUCUCCGUCUCCGUCAGCGGUGAACUUUUCAAUAAUGAGCCACAGCCAAUGGAUACUACGCAGAUUCCCCAGCAAGAAGAAGAGGAAGCGAACUCCUCUCAAGGCUCCUCCGUCUACGAAACGCCUGAAAAGAGUCUACCGAAAACGCCCAGAAGAAGAACCGAUGGAGUCCCCAGACAUAAUCAUGUCAUCCUCGGGAGAUACGAAAGGAAGAUCAAAAAGGUCGAAACAAAAGAUAAUUGGUCACAGGUUUCUGGAGAGACGCUACGAGAGACUGAAGGGAGAAAAAGGAGAACUCACGAUGUGCUGAACUUAUGCGCCGAAGAGUCUCAAGAAGAAAAGUCGCAAGAAGAGAUAAACCAGACUCAGCGAGUGGGCGAUCUUUUAAACCACACAGCGCUUGCUCUCGACUCUCAACAGUCAACACAAGCAAGUCAAGCUCGACAAGAGUCAACAUCAGCAACUCAAAUUCAACCUCAACAAGAGUCACAAGGGACUAAUGAAAAAUAUUUUACGCCUCCCACUUCUCCAACCUUGGAGCAAACGUCAGCGUCUCAGAAGACUUUCGAUGAGGAUUUAGAUGAUGAUUACUUUGCGAAACUCAAAUCGCCGACGAGCAAAGCUGAAACACAGAAAAUUAACAAACAAGCAGAUCAGGCAAAAAAGCAAAAAAGAGUUAAUAGAAAAAUGCCGAGAUCGAGAGCAAAACCAACGCGUGAUGAGGUCAAUGAAUCAUUGGCCAGAGCCUGUCGAAAAGCACAAGUUGGCGGUAUUAGUAGACGUCUGGAAUUCGCGAGGGCUUUUAUUUCAAGAAGAUACCGAGCACGAGAUUCGAGCGAUCAACAGCCCUUGAAUCGAGAACUCGAAAAAGCGAUUUCGUGGGAGCCAAAAGUACCGAAUGUGAAUUUUUCGAAGCCCGUUCCAGGAUCAUCAACCCGUUUCAAAAAGCCUUUUCCAGUAGCGGAAAAGCCUGCAAAAGAAAAACCGGGACCUUCGAAAUCUAAAGCUUCCAAAUCGAAAAGUCAGCAACGCUCGCAGCCACGAGAAGAGCAGGAGUCAGCUCAUAAUUGGUCGCAGCAAGCUUUGUUCGAUGAAUCUGCGGAGGAUCGACAAGCGCUAUCGCCGGAACAUGGUCAGUCCCCAUCUGCGCCAAUUGACAGAGAGGCCGUUCGCGAAUUUAUGUUUCCCACCUCAAACAAGAGAAAGCUUCAGACUCCAGAAAAGGACGCGCAGGGCAAAGCAAGCGCUAAACAUCAAGCAGCGAAAAGGAGAAAGCACGUGAAGGAAAAUAAAACGCCUAAGAAAAGCGCUUCAAAGCCGACGAUUCUUAAGCCAGCUGUGGAUAUCACCAUUGCUCGUCGUCCAGGAAGAGAUGCCCUGAGCGAGAUUUCUGACUUGUCUUCUGCAUUUGAUAAUGACACUCCAAUAAGAGGCGUCGGAAAGAUGAAUCAAAGUCAAAAGAAAGCUAGCAAAGAAAAGAGUGCGAAACCGUCGGGAAAGAGGCAUGACGAAGCGGAGAAUCAACCAACGUGCAGCAAGAAUUUAACACCUCCAGCGAUGCCACCAGAUGUUGAUCUUUCUAGCUUCUUGAACUCGAGCGAGGAUGAGGAAGUUCGUCGACCGCAAAGUCGUCCUCGGAGACGAAAUGGAUCGCCAACAGCUAGCAUGCCGAAGCUCACCAAAUUACGAUCACCAGAGAAGUCACCAUCGCCAUCUAAAUCAAAAAAGAAGUCGAUUCAGAUGAAGAAAAAACAUCCAAAAAUAAUCCCUUCUGCAGCUCGAAAGCCUCCGAGAAGCAUCACUUCGUCCGUGGAGACAAGGGAUCCGCGAGAAGUAUAUGAUGAGAAAACAAUCGUCAUCAAAGAUGUAAAGAACAGUAAGGGUAGAAUUGGAUUCAGGCUCAGCGAAAAUAGCUUAGCAGGAAUCCACAUCAGCGAAGUUGUCCCGGGGUCGUUAGCAGAUAAAGCUGGUCUUCGUGCUGGAGAUACUCUCAUUUGCUUCAACGGUGUGAGAUGCUCCGUCAAGAGCAAAAUCAAGCUGUCUAUACUGCUACCAGUCAUUAUCGAAUCUGCUUCGAAAGACUUCGAAUUCACAGUUCUUCGCGAUGUACCCGACCAGUAUUCGGAGGAAGAAGACGUUGACACAUCGGAAGUUUCAGAUAUUUCAGAUGCAGAGUCUGAUGUCCAAGUACAAAACAUUGAUUCAGAUGGCAACGUGAGCAGAGUAGAGACUCCUGUUGAUACGAAUCCAGAGUAUGGAACAUUCGACAACACUGCUAACGUGACCAAUCUUACUUCCGAGAGAAACGCUGCUGAAACUACUAAUCCUGAGUACGAGACAUUUGACCGAUCUUUUAAUAUCACGGCUGGUACCUCCGAACAGCCUGGGACUGCGUUAUCUGGCUCUUCUUCAGAUGUUUCCUACACAAGAUUGGCACGCAAGUACGAUGAAGGCUCUUCAAUUGCUGAUUCUGUUAAAACGAAAAAACGAAAAGUCGGAAUGAGCCACUACUUGAAUCCGAGGCCAGAAUCUAUUGCUUCGAAUCAACGAGAAAAGUCUGACGAGUCAGCCAGUGAAGUGUCAGUCCAAACAUCUUCGCGGGCAGCGACAAGCCGACCAGCUUCGCGGGCAGAGUCAGUCCGACCAGCUUCGAGGGCAGCGUCAAGCCGAAUUAGCCGGGCUCCAAGCACAUCAACCCUUGGCCCGCAGAAAAGAAAGAAGUGGACGGACGAUGAGGACGCCUUAUUGAUUGUUGGCCUCAAUCAAUACGGAAAAGACUGGAUAAAGAUCUGGAACAAGUUUUUCCGUGAAACGAAGAGGACGAAUAUCAACCUCAAAGACAGACACCGUCAGCUUCUCAAACAAGGCGACCCACGGGUGAAGGAAAAAUACUAA